UUUGCCCUACCCGACCGUGAUCCUGGCUGGCUUUAAAUUCGCUUUUUAUUUUCCGCAAAUAGUGGCGAACAGACCGGAUGCUUCAAACCCACGAUCCACUACUUGAAGGGCCCAAUGGGUUACGUCGGAUCGAGGCACUGUGGUUCACCUAUAUCAGGAGUACGUAGCAUUGAAGCUGGCACGUUCGAAACUACCAGCAAGCUUGGUAACUAUGGACAACUUCCACUGGCCAGAAACUGCAUCGUAUCUCAGAGAAUUAUUCAUCCACAAUUUGCAAGCUUCAUUGCCCAAAAAUACACAACUGCACCAAAAUUAACUGCCACAAGCUUCAUGCUAACGCCUGUACCACAGAUGAACCUGGUACGGUCAAUAGCCACGAGUCAACGUCAUUGUGCUCCAGUAACUGGUGAUCAUGUGCGUCUAUGGCAAGCCGAGCGAGUAGCUUCCGCUAUUUUAAUAGGACUUCUGCCUGCUUGCGUCGUGCUUGAGAAUCCAUUUGUCGACGUUACGUUGGCUGUCUUCAUGGUCAUGCACAGUCACUGGGGUUUGGAAGCAAUAGUAAUCGACUAUGCUCGUCCGAUAGUUGUGGGUAAUAUCUUCCCAAAAAUAGCUCACUUUGCACUGAAUCUUUUUUCUGCCGCUACACUAGCUGGUCUGCUAUUGCUAAUUUAUAAUGGUCCGGGAUUGGGAAAAACUGUCAAGAAUCUGUGGACUGUUGGCAAAAGUGAAGCUGGAAAAUAGACAAAAGAAAAAACAACAAUUACGCGUGUUCACGUUUUGUGUAAAGGAAGAAAACGCCAAUGUACGACUAUUGUUUUAAGUUAUUAGAAAUUAUAUAGUUGGUAAAAAAAACGUUACCAUCGAAUAAAUUAUUGUUUGCCAUGAUAAAUGAAUGUAGCUCAUUAUUUCAUACAUAAAGAAAAGAUUCGGUAAGUGUACUUGUAAGAUGUGGAAAACGUUGUUAUAAGUUGUUAUAAGUGAGUAUUUUGCUGUACAAAUUUCGUUUCAUGAAAUAUUGAAGAAUAACACUAGUUGUAAUGAGCUUCAAAUAGCAAUGAAGUAUUUCGGUAGUAAUCAUCGAUUUAAAUUGAAAAUAACGAAAGCAAUAAAAUGUUGAAUCAUUAUGCAUAGACAUCUGUAGCAAUUCCUUCUUCUUUUUCCUAGUGGCUACAAUUACCUAAUUCUUUGGAAACAAAGAGACAAUGCCACUAAGUCCACUGAAACUGAUCUGUUUACCUAUUUCUAAGACCCUGUGGUAAUAACUCAAUUUCACUGACUAUUAUGGUGGCUAUUUUUAUUAAAACAAUUCUAAAAAAGGAUUCACAAUGUAUGUAAUUCAUCAUAAAGUAGCACUACUUAAAUCUAGAUUUAGUACGAUGCAAAUACACUGCUCAAAUCUGUACAGCGAACGAGGACAGGUGAAUCUGAGCCUUACUCAGAUGAGACUUGAAAAAAUGCCAUAUCAUUCUAUUCCGAGCUGUGUCUUGCAGAAAUUCAUCGUUCAAUUUUUCGCAACAUCAAAUAAUUCAUAAAUGCUCAUUUUUGCACUCAGCUAUGCUGACAAUAUUUUGGCACUUUUUACAUUAUAUAUUUCUGGAAUGUAUAUACGCUGAUUAAAUUGAUAUUACCCCAAAUGAAUUUUUCAAAAUAAUUCUAAU